GAGUUGCCCUCCUUCUCGCCCCGGCGUCGUCUGGUGGGAUGCGCAGGCGCAGGAAGUCUUCCAGCAGAAAGCAGGCAGAGCCCAGGGGCCGGGCGCGGGGCCUUGUGGGAGGGCUUAAGGAAGUAAAAUGGCGGACCUGGCGAACGAAGAAAAGCCUGCUGUUGCACCGUCCGUCUUUGUGUUUCAGAAGGACAAAGGACAGAAGUCCUCCACAGAGCACAGAGACUUGCCGGAGUCGGGAGAGGAGCCUCGGGGGGAGGCUGAGGAGCCCUGGCCUGAUGCGGGGCACCCUGAAUCCACUGGGGAGCAUGCCUUAGACCCUUCUGCCCCUGCUAGUGCUUCCGCCAGCUCUCCUCCGCCCCCUGCUCCUGCAGCCCAGCCUCCUUGUAUGCGAGAACUGGCAGGGAGGUCUGCUGGCAGCUCCAGCCCUGAAGCCGGAGAAGAUUCUGAUCGUGAAGAUGGAAACUACUGCCCUCCCAUCAAGCGAGAGCGGACGUCCUCUCUAACGCACUCAGAGGAGAAGAGCAGCGGCUUCCGACUGAAGCCCCCUACACUCAUCCACGGCCAGGCGCCCAGUGCAGGUCUGCCCAGCCAGAAGCCCAGGGAGCAGCAGCGUGGCGUGCUCCGCCCAGCCGUGCUGCAGGCCCCUCAGCCCAAGGUGCUGUCACAGACGGUCCCCAGCAGUGGCACCAACGGGGUCAGCAUGCCAGCAGACUGCACAGGGACAGCCACGACUACUUCACCAGAAAACCUCACGCAGAGGAGCCCCUCCGAGUCUGCCGAGGGGGCACACACACUUGAGGAGAAAGUGCCUCAAAAAGCCCCGUGUGCUACCUUGGAGGAGGGGCACUGUCAAGAGGAGCAGGUGGCCCCACAGGCUUUCGUGUUUGGACAGAACUUGAGAGACAGAGUGAAGUUACUGAAUGAGAAUGCUGAUGUGGCAGAUGUGGAUAGCAGCGCACACCCGAGCUCAGAAACACCCACAGCAACCAACUACUUUCUGCAGUACAUCAGUUCCAGCACAGACAACUCGACCCACAGUGCUGACGCCUCUACCAAGUUUGUGUUUGGCCAGAACAUGAGUGAGCGCGUCUUGAGCCCCCCCAAGCUGAAUGAAGCCAAUUCAGAUGCCAGCAGGGAGACUACACAUGCCCAGUCGGGGUCUGAGUCAUCAUCCCAGGAGGCCGCCCCCAAGAAAGAGUCGCUGGCCGAGUCGGCAGCUGCCUACACGAAGGCUACAGCGUGGACAUGUUUGCUGGAGAAGGUGGAGGUCAUUACAGGGGAGGAGGCAGAAAGCAACGUGCUGCAGAUGCAGUGUAAGUUGUUCGUGUUUGACAAGACCUCACAGUCAUGGGUGGAGCGCGGCCGGGGACUCCUAAGGCUUAAUGACAUGGCGGCAACCGAUGAUGGCACGUUACAGUCCCGGCUAGUGAUGCGGACCCAGGGCAGCCUGCGGCUCAUCCUGAACACGAAGCUGUGGGCACAGAUGCAGAUGGAUAAGGCCAGUGAAAAGAGCAUCCGAAUCACAGCGACAGACGCAGAGGACCAGGGCGUCAAGGUCUUCCUGAUCUCGGCCAGCUCCAAGGAUACAGGCCAGUUGUAUGCUGCACUGCACCACCGUAUCCUAGCACUGCGUAGCCGCGCCGAGCAGGAACAGGAGGCUAAGGCGCCCCCACCUGAGCCAGGAGCCACCCGGGCCACUGAGGAGGAAGACAGUGAUGAGGAUGCCAUGCUCGCCCCCUCGGGUGUCACGGGGGCUGGCACAGGUGACGAAGGGGAUGGCCAGGCUCCCGGGAGCACAUAGCGGCCGAGCCACUGCGCCAGACUGCUGCUUUGUCGUCUGUCCACCGUCCGUCCCUCCCCGCAGGCCGCGUCAUGGUGGUGUCUAUUGCUAGGGUGGCCGCAGGCUGGAUCCACGCGUCCCUCUACAGCAGGUGGGGACGCCGGGAUGCGGCUUGGGACUCCGACCUCAUCAUAUUGAUGAGCAGAAAGAACGCUCCCCGCCCUCCUCCGAUCGAAAUGGCACAUUGACACUUGUCACAGCUUCCGCUGGCUCUCAGAGCUGACCUGGUCACCAAGCAUUGUGGUGUUCCUCCCUGGGCAGCGACAGUGAGAACUCUGGGCUCAGCUUUCUGCUGAGAGCAACCUGCUGUCCGCUCAGCUGCCCACUCCACCUGGGUCACGGGGCAGGCAGAUGCCCCGUGUGCAUUUCUGAUGGCUUAGUUUGUGAGGUCAUGGAUGAAGCUGCUUGUGGGCUGAGCUGACUUGAUGUCCCUGUGGGCGGCGCCCGGCCCCCACGGGGACUCCCUGUGUUUGGGCCUGAGAACACCUAUCUGGACGAAGGUGACAGAUUCAGGAGGGCACCUGCGCACUUGCCGCCUGCACUGCCGGGGUCUCCCUUAGCAGGUGCCCAGCGCAGCACAGCCCUGAGGUGACUAACCAUCUAGGGUCCCUGAGAGGCAAAGGGAGUCUGCGAAGGGCCUGGCCCCAGCCAGAAGACGAGGCCCCCACCCGUGGACUGUGUGGUUCCAUCUCUGGCCAGGCCACUCGGGGGAGCCAGCAAGGACACCAGAGGCUGCCCAGCAGAUGGAUCACACUGCUCCCAGCCUUAGCCAGCCAGUGACAAGUGAAUCCAGACGUCGCCCAUGUGUUUUGGAACAUUUAUGUAAGAUUGUCAUAUGAAAUGUAUUUGAGAACUGCAUUAAAACUUUCAACUAAA